AUGUAUAUAACCGCAAGUGGAAUAACGGAUCCAAAGCGAAAACGUGCACUCUUGCUAUAUCAAGCCGGACCGAGAGUUCGCGAGAUUUUUAAACAAAUCCCCGAGACAGGAACUGAUACGGACUACGACAUCGCGAAACAGAAAUUAAAGGCUUACUUCGACCCUCAAAAGAAUCGGCGGUACGAAGUUUAUCGUUUUAGACAAACAACUCAAGAACACAAUGAGACAUUAGAUCAAUUUCACGCCAAACUUAGAACAAUAUCAGAAACCUGUGAAUUCGCAGACGUUGAAUUUGAAAUCGAAGAACAAAUCAUUAUAGGCGGAAAUUCAUCAAAAAUACGAAAGCGAGCACUGCGUGAUCCUACAUUUGACUUAAAAUCAAUGCUUUUAGAAGGACGUCGUGACGAGCAGAGCAAGUAUCAAGUUGAACAAAUUGAAUCUAAAGAACAAACUGACGGUGAGGCUAAUAAAUUAGAACAAAAACCUAAUAACGGUAAUAUUUCGAACAGUAGUAAUGUUAUUUGCAGAAAUUGUGGGCGUGCUUAUCCACACACAGGGGCAUGUCCAGCGAAAGGAAAAACCUGUAAUAAUUGUGGAAAACCGAAUCAUUUCGCUGCUGUUUGUCGAGGAAAACAAAAACAAACGCGAUCACCGAGAUACUCAAACAAAAAGCAUGCACAAAGAAAUUUAAAAACAUUAGAUACAGGAUCAAACUCGAGUUCCGAUGAAGACUAUUUAUAUACCAUGACAAAUACAAAGCACAAUAACAAGGUCAAUGUUAAAGUAGGCGGUGCCAAAUUUCAAACAACAAUUGACAGUGGCGCGACAAUAAAUGUGAUCGAUCGUGACACUUUUAACAAAAUGCAAGACAUAAAAUUAACUCGCACGAACACGAAAUCGAAACACGAAAACGAAUAUCUGUAGCCACAUUCUAUGUCGCUAAAGCUGCGAACUGUGGAAACUUACUUUCUCUUUCUACUGCACAAGAACUCGGACUUAUUAGUUUGCAUCUAGACAAACUGACAUCAAAGUAUGCCGCACUAGAAAACAUCCUUCAAAAGCAUUCUAAAGUUUUUUCCGAUCUUGGAAAAUUGAAGGGAGAAAAAAUCAAACUAGAUAUUGACAAAACUAAAAUUCCGAAAGCACAACCCCAAAGGCGCAUACCCUAUCACAUUCGAGAAAAAGUGAAAAACGCGAUAACUGAAUUAGAAAAUCAAGAUGUGAUUGAAAAAGUGCCCGAAAAUGAAGCUACUCCUUGGGUUUCACCCAUUGUAGCUGUUCCCAAAAAAGAUGGACAGGUUCGCAUAUGUGUCGAUAUGCGGCUCGCAAAUGAAGCUAUAAGACGAGUACGCCAUCCUAUACCAACAGUAAAUGAUGUUAGUUUUGCCCUGAAUGGAGCAAAAUUUUUCUCGAAACUUGAUUUGAGCCAAGCGUAUCAUCAGUUAGAACUGGAAGAACAGUCUCGUUAUAUAACAACCUUUAGCACUCAUGUAGGUUUGUAUCGCUACAAAAGACUAAACUAUGGUACAAACGCUGCAGCGGAGAUAUUUCAGUACACACUCCAAACCGCACUGCAAGGACUUAAAGGCGUCAAGAACAUAGCUGAUGAUAUCAUUGUAUUCGGCUCAACAAGAACUGAACAUGACGCUAAUCUUGACAAAUGUCUACAACGACUUGCAAUGAAGGGCUUACGACUAAACCGAAGCAAGUGUAAUUUCCUUAGCACUACAUUGUCAUUUUUCGGACAGGUCUUUUCGAAAGAAGGUACUCAUCCUGAUCCUAGGAGAGUAGCUGAUCUAUUAAAUGCACCUCAGCCAAAUAAUGCACAUGAAGUCAGGAGCUUUCUUGGCAUGGCCAACUAUAGUAGUAAUUACAUUCGAGAUUUUGCAACACUAACUGCUCCCCUUCGUGACCUGACGAAAAAGGAUGUUCGUUUUGAGUGGACUCAAACACACCAAAGUGCUUUUGAAAAGCUGAAAAACACGCUUGCAAUUGCUCCAUGUAUGUCAUAUUUCGACAAAAACAAACAAACUUUUGUGACAGUUGAUGCUAGUCCUGUAGGAAUUUCUGGAAUUCUUUCUCAGAAACCAAGAAACGGUGACGUAGACACUCAACAGAUAAUUGCAUAUGCCAGCCGAGCGCUGACUGAUACAGAAAAGAGAUACUCCCAGACGGAAAAGGAAGCGUUAGCGAUAGUAUGGGCAGUUGAACAUUUCCAUUUAUUUUUAUUUGGAAGUGAAUUUACACUAAUAACUGACCACAAACCUUUAGAAAUUAUUUAUGGCCAACGUACAGCCAAAACAUCAGCGCGAAUUGAAAGAUGGGUGCUUCGCCUCCAACCAUAUACAUUUAAAGUGUCUAUGACAUGA